AUGGCAGGAGACAAGGAUAAGCGCAGCCGAGGCCAGGGUCGGGGAGGCCAAGGGCAGUCCCGCGACGUGCAGAUUUCCAAGGCACUGAGUCUGCUGCUACGCCAUGCAGCCGAGAAGGAAGGACUCAAGAUGAAUGGGCAGGGCUACGCAAACGUAGCAGAUGUGCUACAAUGGCGAAAGCUGAAAUCCAUCAAAUGCACCUUCGACGAGAUUAAGCAUGCCGUCGAUUCUUCCGACAAAAAGCGCUUCGCUCUACUCCAUAUCCCCUCCUCGCAACCUACCGAAUCUACGACCAAGGCGACUACCGCUCCCGGGUCGGAUUCCGUCGAGAAAGGCGAGCCCGCUGACAAUACCGCUGUCCUGGAAACACCCGCCACAAGCGAAGAACAAACCGAUGCAACACAGCAGGCACUUUCCGUGACAGAUUUCAACCCGGCAAAUUACCUUAUCCGUGCGUCGCAAGGCCAUAGUAUUAAAAGUGUGGACGCGGCUUCAUUCCUUGAGCCCCUCUCCCUGGACGAUGAAUCUAAGCUCCCGGAGACAGUAGUCCACGGGACUUUCUAUGGCUCAUGGCCACUUAUCCUGCAAUCGGGUGGUUUGCGCUGCAUGAAUCGCAACCAUGUACACUUCGCGACGGGUCCAUCCGUCGAAUCAGUACUUGCGGCGCAGCAGGAGGACAAGGAUUCAAAGCAGGGACCAGCAGACAAGACAGUGAUUUCGGGGAUGCGCUGGGAUGCGCAAGUCUUGAUCUACAUCGAUAUUCGGAAAGCUCUCAAGGCUGGAUGUCCGUUCUGGCGCAGUGAGAAUGGGGUCAUUCUGAGUGAGGGAUUGCCUGUUUCUGGGGCUGGAGAUGAUGCAGCUGGGAAUGCGCAGAGAGUUGUGCCGGUAGAAUUCUUUGAUGUUGUGGUUGAGCGGAAGGCUAAGAUGGGCAAGAUUUGGGAGAAAGGGCAGGUAUUACAAGAGUUGCCGGCCAAUUUGACGAAAAAGGGGACUCCGAAGAAUGGACGGUGA